CCAUCCCCGCCCACUCCUCGGGCGCGCGCUCAGAGCUGCAAGCCCCUGCAGAGGCCCCGGAGCAGCGCGGCAGCAGCAGGCAGCGGCGGGGGCGACAAGGAGGGGUCGGAGCCCCGCCCCCAGGGAGGAGCUGCCCAGAGGUUUUCUCGCGCCCUUCCCCGCCAGGCGCUGGCGAUGAGACGCGGCUACAGGGACGAAGGGGUUAACGCGCCCUCCAUGGACCCGGAGCGAGCCUGAGCCCCGGAACCGGCUCCAGCCCCCCCUGGCAUCAUGCUGGAGCGAGGGGAGCAAGGGCCUGGGGGCAGAGGGAGAAGCCCCUCUGCCAAGGAGUCAGUGACCAACGGAGGGGCCUCCAGCAAAACCUCCAAGCCGAAGCGGAGCCCAGCAGCUGCCUCCGAGCGCCCCGGUCCGUCCAGGGCUCGCCGCCCACCCCCCCUCCAGCGCCCUCACCGCUGCCCAGACUGUGACAAGGCCUUCUCCUACCCCUCCAAGCUAGCCACCCACCGCCUGGCUCAUGGUGGAGCCCGCCCACACCCCUGCCCUGACUGUGACAAAGCCUUCUCUUACCCCUCCAAGCUGGCUGCCCAUCGCCUCACUCACAGUGGUGCCCGCCCCUUCCCCUGUCCGGACUGUCCCAAGGCUUUUGGUCACCGAUCCAAGCUGGCUGCCCAUCGCUGGACCCACUCACCUGCCCGCCCCUACCCCUGCCCAGACUGCCCCAAGUCUUUCUGCUACCCCUCCAAGCUGGCUGCCCACCGACACACCCAUGCUGGCGGCACUCGCCCUUACCCCUGCCCUCAGUGCCCCAAGUCCUUCUGCUACCCCUCCAAGUUGGCAGCCCACCAGCGGCGCCACGCUCCUACUGCUACUGGCGUCCCUAUCCCAGCUCCCCCCUCACCUCCUGCCCCGGCAGACCCUCAGCAUCGCUGCCCGAGCUGUGGCCAAGCCUUCAACCAGCGCCGACUCCUGGCCCUCCACCAGCGGAGCCACCGUGGAGAAGGGAAGGCUGGGAGGGGGGCCAAGGGGGAGCGGGCCUGAACCCUGCCCCACAGUGGUAGAUCCCCCCCAGCCCCUUGCCUGCCUUCCCCUACCUCCACUGCUGCCAAUAAAGAGACAAUUUCUA